AUGAAGUUUCCACUGACGAGUUCUUCAGAUAAUUCUCAAGCCGAUUGUCACUAUCGGCGUAAGCAGCUUUCCGAUAUCAUCUUCAGUCGGUCCUCAGUUUUCUUGGUGGUGUCUGCUCUUGCCUGUGCCGGCGCAAUCUCCGCAACGAGCAUCCUUGACGCUUUGACCGAUACAUGCAAGAACGCUCUUCAAGGAGUUUUAGUUCCCCCUCACGCCGAAUGCUUGAACCUUGGCUCUUUCCUAUCUUUGGCAAUUGUCGACAAACAAGUCAGUUCCGCAGGCGCAUCGCUGCCGUCGUUAACAACGUUGCCUCGGGUUGCGCUCGCGGCUCAAGAUCUGGAAACCUUCGGCAUUUGCAUCAGCCCCGCUGUUAUCCUGGGCUACGCGCAGAGGUUUUACCCGACAGUCCGUCAGAUUGAGUGUUUGAAAGAUAACGCAGAAAACGAACUGUGCGUGCCGCAAACCAUCUCAAACCUGGAGACCGUGGUCGGGAAGCUCGGGGUAGAUGACCUCCAAUGGAAUAACUUGUUGGAGAAAGUUCGGGCAUUGUUUUCGUCGAAUAUAAGCAACAUUGCCGGCACGAACUGUAUCAAGGCGGCAUUCACCAUAACCUCGAAAGUAUUCCCCUCCCCUCAGUUGUUGUUCCAAACAAAUCAGACGAUGGGCUCUUGUUGCGAAGAGGGGCUCACGGAUGGAAAACUGGUGGAGGGCAUUUCCCAAACCUCAGUCAAGACUGGUGUCUUCGCUCUCAAAACUGGCACGGGUUAUGCGCUUAAAUUCAUUCCUGUUGGCACGUUCUUCACGAUGAUCAUUACGACCUUUGGCCGGCUCGCCUUCCUGGCGUGA